AUGGGUCGCUCCGGCAUUGUUCUAGCAAUCGUCUUAAUCGGUUGCGUAUUUGCAACUUCAGUCGCGAAAAAACGAUCCAACAAGUUAGAAACUGUUAUAGGGAUUGAUCUCGGGACUAGAUAUUCGUGUGUUGGCGUUUAUAAGAACGACCACGUUGAAAUCAUAGCCAAUGAUCAAGGAAACCGUAUCACUCCGUCGUGGGUGGCUUUCACAGACUCUGAGAGGUUGAUCGGUGAGGCGGCCAAGAAUCAGGCGGCUGUAAACGCCGAAAGGACCGUCUUUGAUGUCAAGAGACUUAUUGGGAGAAAGUUUGAGUACGAAGAAGUUCAAAGAUAUAUGAAACUGGUUCCGUACAAAAUUGUGAACCAAGAUGGGAAGCCAUAUAUCCAAGUUAAAAUCAAGGAUGGGGAGACAAAGGUUUUCAGCCCCGAAGAGAUUAGCGCGAUGAUUCUUACCAAAAUGAAAGAGACGGCCGAAGCAUUCCUUGGAAAGAAAGUUAAAGACGCGGUUGUCAUAGUUCCUACAUACUUCAAUGAUGCCCAAAAGCAGGCUACCAAGGAUGCUGCUGCAAUUGCUGGUUUGAAUGUGGCAAGAAUCAGUAGCGAACCUAUGGCUGCUGCCAUCGCAUACGAUCUAGACAAAGGUGGUGAGAGGAACAUUCUUGUUUUUGACCUUGGUGGUGGAUCGUUUGAUGUUAGCAUCAUGACAGUCGACAAUGGUUUUUUUGAGGUUAUUGCCACAAAUGAAGACGCCCAUCUUGGAGGUGAGGACUUUGAUCAAAAGAUAAUGGAAUACUUCAUCAAAUUGAUCAAGAAUAAACAUGGUAAAGACAUCAGCAAGGACAACAAAGCGCUUGAAAAGCUAAGACGAGAAGCGGAGCGUGCCAAGCGAGCCUUGAGCAGCCAGGACCAGGUCCAUGUCCAGAUCGAGUCACUCUUUGACAAUGUAGAUUUCUCCGAGCCAUUGACUCGAGCUCAAUUUGAGGAGCUGAACAACGACUUGUUCGAAAAGACCAUGGGACAUGUGAAGAAGGCCAUGGAGGAUGCGGGUUUGGAAAAACACCAGAUCGACGAGAUCGUUCUUGUUGGCGAAGGUACCAGGAUUCCAAAGGUUCAACAACUCUUAAAGGAUUAUUUUGAUGGAAAGGAACCAAACAAGGGUGUGAACCCUGAUGAAGCAGUUGCUUUUGGUGCUGCUGUUCAAGGAGGCAUUUUGAGUGGAGAGGUUGGUGGUGAAAGUGAAACUGACGAUCUAUGCGGUACCUGUUGCGAUGCGCUUAAGGCUCUUGAAACUUAUGUUAAUGACAUGAAAAAACAAGUUAAUGAUAAAGAUAAGUUAUCCGAUAAGCUCGAGUAGGAUGAAAAAGAGAGAAUCGAAAGCGCUAUAAAAGAAGCACUUGAAUGGCUUGUUAAUAAUCAGUUAGCUGAGAGAGAUGAGUAUUAUGAGAAGCUGGAAGAAGUAAAAGCCGUUUGUAAUCCGAUCAUAACGGCUGUUUAUCAGAGGUCGGGUGGGGCCCCGGGUGGUGUGGCGGAAGACUACAAUGAUGAAC